UGCGUAGUUUCCUGGAAAUUACAAGCCCUAACAUUAAUUAUAUCAACAAUGGAUUCUGUUUCAUCCUAUUUACAGUGGCAACCCAUCAACACCACCGGCCACCAAUGAGAUAACUCCAUAUCUACCUUCAUCCAAACCCUUGUCUUCUUCCCACCAUGUUUCAAUUUCCACUCCGAUAAUGUUAAGAUUCCGAUUUCCGUCAUAUCUCUCAGCUUCUGUGUUACUGGCGGCUUGAAGAUGAAUUCUAGUCAUUCAUUAGCGGCUACUCUCAACGAUAUUCUUCAAGUUGUCAAUCCCACAGAGGGUGAUUGGGCAAAACGAUUUCAAAUUAUUAAUGAUCUUCAGUCGGUUGUUCAAACUGUGGAUAUUCUUAGAGGUGCCACAGUGGAGCCGUUCGGUUCAUUUGUGUCUAACCUCUUUACAAGAUGGGGCGAUUUAGAUAUCUCGAUCGAGUUACCAAACGGCUCGUACAUUCCUACUGCCGGGAAAAAACUCAAGCAAACGUUAUUAUUAGACGUUUUAAAAGCUUUGAAAAGUUUAAGUGGAUUUCAUGGGAUAAAAUAUAUCUCCCAUGCAAGAGUGCCUAUCCUAAAAUGUAAUAGCAACAACGGAAAUAUUUCGUGUGACAUAUCUAUAAACAAUUUGAGCGGUCAAAUGAAGUCAAAGUUGUUGUUUUGGAUAAAUGGGAUUGAUGAUCGUUUCCGUGACAUGGUUCUAAUUGUUAAAGAAUGGGCAAAGGCACAUGGUAUUAACGAUCCCAAAACCGGAACCUUCAAUUCUUAUUCGCUUAGUUUACUCAUAAUAUUCCAUUUUCAGACUUGUGAACCUGCUAUUUUACCACCACUUAGUGAAAUUUACCCCGGAAACAUGGCUGGUGACCUUUUUGGCGUAAGAGCUAUUGCGGAGAAAAAUAUCGAAGACAUAUGUAGCGUGAACAUUAACAGGAUUAAAUCCAAUAGGUCGAGAGUGAUUAAUAGAAGCUCGUUGGCUGAUCUCUUUAUUUCAUUUCUUGCGAAAUUUUGCGACAUUAAUACAAAGGCUUUGACACAAGGGAUUAGUCCAUAUAAUGGACAAUGGGAAGACAUUGAUACUAACAUGAUAUGGCAACCUAAAACUUACGCGUUAUUUAUCGAGGACCCAUUCGAGCAACCAGCGAAUUGUGCAAGGGCUGUUGGGCAACGAAACCUUCAUAAAAUCACACAAGCAUUUCAAACUAGCUAUCAGAAGCUAUCUACCAACCAAACGCACCCGCUUACUGUUCUCGUUAGGCCAGAAGUAUUGAGCAUCGUUACUAGAUCUCAACACGCAGGCCCGGGUAUGAAUCAAUUACGACUUCAUCCUCAGGGUCGCACAAAUCAGGCUGGGAUCCUUAGGGGCCCAACCGGGCCCCAUUUGCAGACUUACAACGGUAAUCAAUACCAAAAUAGGAACGGUGGUUCACAUUCACAGACUCAUAGAGGUGCACAUGGUCCCACACAAGCGCAACAACGAUAUCCGUCUCAAAACAGUUCAAACAAGAGGGUCAAUCAGAGACCUUUGCAGGGAAGUCAAAGUACAAGUGAAAGUCAAAGUCAAGACGAGGUGGUUUCUAACAAUGACACGCCUAAGAGGAACCCGAACAAUGGGUAUUCCUCUCAAAAUCCACAGGGUCAGAGAUGGAGGGUAAGAUCGGAGAGAAAUGAGUAGGUUUCGGUUUACAUUUGGAAACAAAGAGCUGUGUUGGAAAUGGGACUGUUACCCUUUGGAAUUUUUGUUUUAUUUUUAAACAUGUCAACGGAACUGAAAUCGGUGGGGAUUGAACUCGGGUCAACUUAUUUCGGACACGAUUUGUAACGAUUACUUUGACUUGACCUUUAUUGAUUUUCAUAUACAAACUGGUAUUGUUCAUGGUUCGAUUCAA